AUGAAUAUUAAAAAUAAAAAAAAAUUAUUAAUAUGUCAUUUUAUAUUAAUAUUAUUUUGUUUGGGAAUUAUUAUUAAUUUUAUUAAUUUUAAUUUUGAUUCCAAUCCAAUUUUAAAAAUUCAUACUAUAAAUUAUACAAUACCUCAUUUAAAUGGUACAAUUUUAAAUGAUGAAUUUAAAUAUAUUAAUGAAAUAUAUUAUGAUUUACAUUUUCAAUAUAUUGAUAUCAAAGAGAGUAAAUCAUUACUAAUAAAUCCAAACUAUACAAUUCCACCAACUUUUGCAACACCCAAAUCAAUACCAAAUAAAUUACCAUUAUCAAAAGUAUUAAAUGUUCAAAGAUUAUAUUUUAAUAAAAAUUCUGAUCAAAUUUAUUUAUAUUAUAAAACUUAUUUAAUUAUUCAUAUAAUUACAAUAUUUUCAACAUUUUUUUUAAUUUCAAUUUCAACAUUUUAUUUUAUUUAUUAUUCAAAUAAUAAUAAUUAUUAUAAAGAAAUUUAUGAUGAUUUUAUUUUAAAUAGAAUUAAAAAUAAUAAUAAUAAUAAUAAUAAUAAUAAUAAUAAUAAUAAUAAUAAUAAUAAUAAUAAUAAUAAUAAUAUCGAAAGUCAAAAUAAUAAUAAUAAUAAUAAUAUUGUUGAAAAAAGAAAUAAAAUUUUUAAUGCAUUUUUUAAAAUUGGAUUAUUGGUUAUUAUAAUUCCAAUGAUUGGAUUUUCAAUGUAUUUGGUAUUUAACCCAGUUGAUAGUGGUUUCAAAGAAUCAUUUAGAAUUCAAGUAAAACAAACUCCAAUUUUAAAUUCAUUAUGUUUUGAUGCAAAUGGUACCUAUUUUGGUAUUUGUGAGAUUUAUUCGAAUCAAAAUCAAGUAAAUUUAGUAAAAUUAGAUUUAAAUUUAAAAGAUAAAAAUGAAAAGGAUGAUCAAUAUUUAUAUAUUUGGGAAAAAUAUGAAGUGACCAUGAACCUAUUUUAUUAUAAAACUUAUACAUUAGCUGGAUUAGUAUUACUAACAUCAACGAUGAUGUCAGUUUUAUUUGCUUUAAUUGAUAAAAAGAAAAUAAAAUUAGGUAGAAUACCAAUUUCAUAA